AUGUCGCAGCGGGCGGAGCCUCUCGAGGUCGACACUCGCGAGGCGCAUAUACAACGUGUUGUACAUUUUGAAGAGUCAGUGUUUUGUGCAGCGGAUCGAUACAGCAGCAGUCAGGCGAUAGCGACGCCUAGACGUGGUAUUGUGUUGGGAGUUGUUUGCGUGAGUGGCGCGCGCGGGCGGCCGGGGCGACGCGUUGCGGUGAACUGGGACCGCCGGGGCCUGCCUCCGGGGGCACGGAAAGUGAUGAAGGGGGGAGGGGGGGGGGGGGGGGGAGGUGUACGGCGAGCAAGUGGCGCGCGCACCGCUGUACCAAAAUUACGGAGCUACGAUGGCGCCUCCGGAGCACCUAGGCAACGCUUUUGCGACACACCCGAGCGCCGCACCGCGCUUUGGAGCGCGAACGAA